UCUAAUGGCCUCUCUUUGUUACUUUCUAUCUCUCUCUCAAUAAACUCCCUCUAUCUCUGCGUGUGUGUGUGUGUGAAGUGCGAGUAAUAAGUCCCUCUCUCUGUUGUCUUACCCCCUCCUCCUUUGUUCUAAUAGCUUAUACACCAACUACUAUUUAAUAAAGAGAGAGUAAUAUAUCAUCAGACAUAGCUGCUAGCUCUUUCUACACCAUCUUAUAUAACUUCAAAAGAAUCACAAACACAAAGUUAGAUCACCACCAAUCAGUAAGGUUACUACUGUUCAUGGAUAUUGUUUUUGUUAAAACAUAACAAUUUUUAUAAAUACCCAGUUUGAUUACUACAUUCCUUUGCCUUUUUUCUUUCUUUUCCUUCUACCCGUCAAUCAAUCUUAACCUCUUUUCUCUUCACUUUCACAGAUUAUCAUCACGGAUUUCCUAAAUCAAGUAACGGAGGCCGAGGAGGUGGAGGAGGAGGAGGUAUCUCCAAACAAUUUCAAUAUCGGAAGUUGUAGUAGAAGAAUGGGAAGAGGAAAGAUUGAAAUCAAAAGGAUCGAAAACACAACAAAUCGCCAAGUUACGUUCUGUAAGCGUCGCAAUGGUCUUCUUAAGAAAGCUUAUGAAUUAUCUGUGCUCUGUGAUGCUGAAGUUGCUCUUAUUGUCUUCUCCAAUCGUGGACGCCUCUAUGAGUACGCCAACAAUAGUGUAAAGUCAACAAUUGACAGGUACAAGAAGACGUGUGCAGAUCCCUCCAGUACCAUAUGUGCUUCAGAAGCCAAUACUCAAUUUUACCAGCAAGAAGCUACGAAACUCCGUCAGCAAAUUGGGAUUUUACAGAACUCCAACAGUCUCAGGCAUCUGAUGGGAGAAGCUCUUAGUUCAAUGAGUGUUAAAGAACUCAAGCAGCUGGAAGGUAGAUUAGAGAAAGGCAUAAGCAGAAUUCGGUCAAAGAAGAAUGAGUUAUUGUUCGCCGAAAUUGAGUACAUGCAGAAGAGGGAACUUGACUUGCAGAAUGAUAACAUGUAUCUCCGAGCAAAGAUAGCAGACAAUGAAAGAGCUGGACAGCAGAUGAAUUUGAUGCCUGGAAAUGAGUAUGAUGUCAUGACUUCUUCUGCUUAUGACUCUCGGAACUUUCUCCAAGUAAAUAAUUUACUCGAAUCAGCCAAUCACCAUUACUCCCGCCAAGAGCAGACAGCACUUCAGCUUGGAGCAAAGAUAGAAGACAUCAAACCAUUGCAAUACAGUAGCUACGGUUUUGGAGGCGAGGAGGCUUAUGGAAGUUAGACUCAUGCGUGAAGAUUUGUUUUAAAGUGUGUUUUGUGUUGUCUGACAAAGAGAGGGGGCCAAAUUAACUAGACUUCAUCUUUUAAUUGAACUGGAAUUAUUCUACUUUGAUAUCCCUUAAAACAUCUGGAUUUGACUACAUUACUUAGAUAUUUUUGGUCGGUGAAGUUGCAAGUUUCAUUAUAUUCUGUUUGCAAAUGUGGGUUUCUUAGAUUUGCAGUUUGACAGAUUCCGAUGAUAUUAUUGAGUUACCAGUUAC